CCAUUCAUGACGGGUGGGGGUCAUUUAGAUUUGCCCAAGCACUCGCCUCCUUCACUUUCUAACAAGCCCAUCUUCAGCCUGGCAGGACCUUAUCUCUGUCUCCCACUGUAGAGGACGAGGAGAUGGCGAUAAAGUGAGUUUACUGCAUAUUUGAUUUCUGGGCCUUUUACAGUUUUCAGCAGCAACAGCUGGCAGAAGCCAUGUGGAAACUUCCAAAGAGUUCUUCUUUCACUGGUAGAUUGUGUUGCUUUCCCAAAGAUCCACUGGAAGAUGUUGAGACUUGGAGUGAAUCUGUGGAUAAAGUUCUGGGCUGUAAAGCCGGACAGAUAGCUUUUCGAGAAUUCCUGAAGUCAGAGUACAGCGAGGAGAACAUACUGUUUUGGCUGGCCUGCGAGGAAUAUAAGAAGAUCAAAACGGUGCCUGAGAUGAUCUCCUCCGCAAACAGGAUCUACUCUGAGUUUGUACAGACAGAGGCACCCAGACAAAUCAACAUAGACUGCACUACCAGAGAAAACAUUACAAAGAACAUCUCCCAGCCGACCCUGACUGCCUUUGAUACGGCACAGAAGCUCAUCUACAGUCUGAUGGCCAGGGACUGCUACCCACGCUUCCUAAAAUCUGACGUCUAUCAGGGACUCCUGAGGAAAGCCGAAUCGAGGUGACUGAAUUCAAGCUGACAGCCUCUCAGUCGGAGCUUCUGCUCAGCACUGGUUUGCUGUGGCGCUCUGACUCAGUGUGGAAAACAAGACAUGCAGUCCAGAUCUUAGGUGUAGCUCAUGUAGUUUCUCUUAAUCUGUGUGAUGCUGUAGUCAGAUAUGCCUCCAGAAGCCCUUACUUUUUUGGUUAGACAAACAUUAACACACACACAACGCUACGUUUUUUUCCAUGUCAAAUACAAAAAAUAGUUUAAAAUUAUUUUAUUUUUUUUGUAAAGUAUUAUCAAAACUUUAAUUGAUUGUGCAAAUAGACUUGCUAAUAUGUUGUAGACAUUUGAAUUUAUCUAUGCAAAUAAAUUUCUCUCUUGCUUUGUGCCUAGCUGAAAGUUUUUUUGGUUGUUUGCAUUGUGGCUUUCAAAGACCUCCCAAGCUAAACAGGCUCAGCUCCAUGGCGCACUUUGAAUGCAAUGCAAAUUGGGGAAGCGCUCAAACAGCAGGUGGCAACAGAGUACUUCCAUUUUAAAAAAAGGAAAAACUUCAAAGUGUGCUCGCUUUUACUGUGUAUUUCUGCAGAUUCUCGAUGGCUUUCACAUUCUCAGAUAACAAAAAGUUUGUUUUGAAAAAAAGUUUAAAAAUCAAAUGUAGUUCUGGUUAAAAGGAUCUUAAACUGUGGGAUGCAGUUCACCACAAUUGCAAAACAUGACAUUGAAUCCAUUUUUAAUGAGGAAAAUUAUGUUUAUGUCCAUUUCAAAACAGUUUCAUUUAUUUUUUUGCUUUGCAUAAAAUAAAAAUGUCUUCCAUCUCCAGUCGCAAAGCUUGUUUUGGUGUCAGGCAUGACGUCUUCCUCAAGCAGAUGCCAUGCAAAAACAUGCAAACACAUCAAACAGCAGCUGGUUUACUUUUGCACAUGCCGUGCACUCAUGAUAAAAGCACCAAAUUGCUGUAAAACAAUCAUUUCAUAUUACUACUCAGAAUAAAAUACCCCAUUUUAAA